GCUCCGGAGUCAUUCGAAUUAAGAGAGAUAGGAGCGACGAGAAGACCGAAGGCCCUAGAUGGCUGAUUACGAAGGACGCUACGACGGUAACGGAGACGACGUCGACGGCUCCUCUCCCCAACCCCGCAGUACUAACCACGGCCCUCUCGACGAUUACAGGGAUUCCAAAUCUCAGCAUUCCCGUGAUUAUGAGAGGGGCUCUUCAAAGAGCAGAGAAAAGGAAAGGGAGAAGGGGCGUAAUAAGGAGAGGGAUAGGGAUAGAGAUAAGGAUAGGGAUAGGGGGAGAAGCAAGGACAAAGAUAGGGAGAGGGACAGAGAUAGGGAUAGGGAUAGGGAAAGGGACCGAGACAGGGAUCAUGAUCGUCAUCAUAGAGACCGCCACAGGGAUAGGGAAGGGAGUGAGAGGAGGAGGUCUAAGGAUGAUGAUGAUGAGGAUCACUACCGCAGCCGCGACCGUGAUAGGCGGAGGGAUUAUGACAGAGACAGGGAGGAUAGGCAUGGGCGCAGGUCUCGUUCCAGGGGUAGAUCUGAGCAUAAGUCUAGAUCAAGGUCGCGUUCACGCUCACGCUCCAAAAGCAAAAGAAUUAGCGGUUUUGACAUGGCGCCUCCUGCUUCUGCACUGUUACCUGGUGCUGCUGUUCCUCUGACAGGCCAGAUUCCUGGAGCUACUCCAACCAUUCCUGGGAUGUUCCCUAACAUGUUUCCUUUGGCGACUGGCCAGCAGUUUGGAGCACUUCCAGUUAUGCCCGUACAGGCCAUGACUCAACAGGUUGGCAUUAUUGCUACUAGGCAUGCACGGAGGGUGUAUGUUGGAGGGCUUCCUCCUACAGCAAAUGAGCAGUCGGUUGCUACAUUUUUCAGCCAUGUCAUGCAUGCUAUUGGAGGGAACACAGCUGGACCAGGAGAUGCUGUUGUUAAUGUUUACAUCAACCAUGAAAAAAAAUUUGCCUUUGUGGAGAUGAGAUCUGUGGAAGAGGCCAGCAAUGCAAUGGCUUUGGAUGGGAUUAUUUUUGAGGGUGCCCCUGUUAAGGUUAGGAGACCUAGUGACUACAACCCAUCUCUUGCUGCAACACUUGGUCCAAGCCAGCCUAGUCCAAAUCUGAACUUGGCUAAUGUCGGCCUAACACCUGGUUCUGCUGGUGGGCUUGAAGGCCCUGAUCGCAUUUUUGUUGGUGGUCUACCCUAUUACUUUACAGAAGCUCAGAUCAAGGAGUUGCUUGAAUCUUUUGGACCCCUCCGUGGUUUUGAUCUUGUGAAAGAUAGGGAAACAGGAAAUUCAAAAGGAUAUGCCUUUUGUGUUUACCAAGAUCUUUCAGUUACCGACAUAGCCUGUGCUGCACUGAAUGGGAUUAAAAUGGGCGACAAGACCCUGACCGUCAGGCGUGCUAAUCAAGGUGCCAACCAGCCAAAACCUGAACAAGAGAGCGUUCUUUUGCAUGCGCAGCAGCAAAUUGCAUUGCAGAGAUUCCUGUUGCUGCAACAGCCUACAGGAGCUGCAGUGGCCACCAAAGUUGUAUGCUUGACAGAAGUUGUUAAUGAGGAAGAGCUGAAGGAUGAUCUUGAGUAUGAAGACAUCGUGGAAGAUAUGAAACAGGAGGGCGAGAAAUUUGGGUCUCUCGUAAAUGUCAUUAUUCCACGUCCGCGACCUAAUGGUGAACCAUCGCCUGGACUUGGAAAGGUAUUUUUGGAGUAUGGGGAUGUUGAUGGUUCGACAAAGGCCCGCACAGGGAUGCAUAAUAGGAAAUUUGGUGGGAAAUCCGUAGUGGCAGUGUUUUAUCCGGAGGACAAGUUUGCCCAGGGUGACUAUGACGCUACUGUUUAGCCGCUUAGUCCUUUGUAUUAAUUAAUUUUAGAAUUUUUAAGAUGGUCUGAACUAUGUGUCUUUCCAGUUAUUUGCUGUAGUGACAUUGUAGCCUAGUGUAUAACUAGGAUGAACAUGCAGUUUUGCACAUUUACAAAUGAAUUGGUGACGGUUAUAAAUUUUGGUA